AUGAGUUGCCAACCUUUUACUUCGGCUGAUACCUUUAUACCUCUGAAUUCUGAGUCUUCUGCAACUCUGCCUCUGAUAAUGCAUCACAGUGCUGCCGAGUGCCUACCAGUCUCCAACCAUGCCACCAACGUGAUGUCCACAGUCCCGUCUAUUUUGUCUUUGAUCCAAACUCCUAAAUGUUUGUGCACAUAUUUCUUGGUGACAACAUUGGGAAACACAGCAACAGGACUUCAUUAUUCUGUUCCUUCCUGUCAUUAUGGAAACCAGUCAUCGACCUAUGGAGUGAUGACAGGGAGCUUAGCCCCUUGUCUUUAUAAGUUUCCCGACCACACCUUGAGUCAUGGCUUUCCUCCCAUGCACCAGCCUCUCCUGGCAGAGGACCUCACAGCCGCUGAUUUCAAGCAGGAGCUCAGGCGGAAAAGCAAGUUGGCUGAAGAGCCAAUAGACAUGGAUUCUCCAGAAAUCCGAGAACUUGAAAAGUUUGCCAAUGAAUUUAAAGUGAGAAGAAUUAAGCUAGGAUACACCCAAACAAAUGUUGGGGAAGCCCUGGCAGCUGUGCAUGGCUCUGAAUUCAGUCAAACAACUAUCUGCCGAUUUGAAAACCUGCAGCUCAGCUUCAAAAAUGCAUGCAAACUAAAAGCAAUAUUAUCCAAAUGGCUGGAGGAAGCCGAGCAAGUAGGAGCUUUAUACAAUGAGAAAGUGGGUGCAAAUGAAAGAAAAAGGAAACGGAGAACAACUAUCAGUAUUGCUGCUAAAGACGCUCUGGAGAGACAUUUUGGAGAACAGAAUAAACCUUCCUCUCAAGAGAUCUUGCGGAUGGCUGAAGAACUGAACCUGGAGAAAGAAGUAGUGAGGGUUUGGUUUUGCAACCGAAGGCAGAGAGAAAAACGGGUGAAAACAAGUCUGAAUCAGAGUUUAUUUACUAUUUCUAAGGAGCAUCUUGAAUGCAGAUAA